AUGACAGUCCCUGUGUUGAGAUUUCAAGACGAUAAUUUGCUCGAUGGCGCUGUCGCCAUUGUUGACCAAUGGAUAUGCGCUCAUGCACGAGCAUUUAUCGGAACUCACGUCUCCACAUUUUCCUACCGUAUACAGGAGGAUCGUGAGAUCCUUGGAUUUGCUCCGAAUACCACAUUCAGCCGUCUUUGCCCCGAUGAUGUAACCGACUGCGAGCAACCGGCUAAAUGGACGAUUGUCUACGAAUAG